UGCACUCCAAAGUGGAGUUAAAAGGAGAGUGUUACCAUAUAGAGUGAUUCCUUGGAAUUAUCAUCAUUAAAAACAGAAAUCCGAACACUGAGGUAACUUCAAGCCGGUGUCAUGGAGAAGCCAAUACUGACUGCAUUUGAUCGUAAGGUGAAUGAACUAUGCCGUUUACAGAAAGAGGUGUCCGGCCAUCUUGCCAGACUGAACGUCUUACGUAGCCGUUAUAUGGAUUGGUUCAAUCGGAAACAUCAAUCUUUUCUUGACGCCGUGAAAGCAGUUCAGGUUAGCAUGCCACAGCUCCUGCCCAAACACAUUACUUGUAUUCGCCAUUACAGAGCCACCCUGGACAUGGCCAAAAAGAUCUCCACCAAUGGUAAGGCCAGGAUGGGACUGGUGGACAAAAUGGAAGAAUACCUUGGUUUCUGGGGUGCCCUGCUGGUACUCAAAGAAGAAAAUGACGCUGUAUAUGACAAAAUAGAUCAAUUCUGUCGCAGUAUUCAAAGACUCCGGGAUCCCGAGAUUAAAGAUCAAAUAGACAAACUCAAGUCGAAACUUUCACUAGCGUUCUCGGAAGACUGGGAUUUUACCAGCGUUAACAACGAAAAAGAUAAUUUGUUUACGUAUAAGAUAUCGACUCAGGAUCAGGAAUUUCUGGGAUUUGUGGGUUAUAUUCCGUAUUUGUUGACAUUUGCAACCAAGGUUUGUUAUUUUUGUGGAAAACUUCAUGUGGAGAAAGAAUGAUUAUAG